AUGACGAGUAACCUGACGUUCCUUAUCACUGAUAUCGUACUUCUGGCACUCCAAUUUAGUGUCAUCAUUCUUAAUGGAUUCAUUCUCUUCAUAUUUCUUAGCACACCAUUAGUGAUUCAACUGAAAAUCAAUCUAACACUGACCAUAACAAUUGCAGCGGAAAGAGCACUGGCCUUAUUUUAUCCACUUUUGUACCGGAAAUUCUUGUCUGCUGCAUAUUCGUUUACGUCACUACUAAUUGGAGUUGUUUUCGCUUGCAACGAUCUACUUUUGGAAUUCCUUCUCUCACCAAUAGUGGAACGUCCCAACUGCGCAACAAUUGGUUGCUUUGUCAGCGAUGAGUUCCGCUUGUACUGGGGGACAAGCAAUAUGAUUAUGGGUUUGUUUGUCGUUAUACUAACAUUCCUGGUGUUGUUCAAGCUUCGAGCCAUCCAGAAUAGCUCGAAAAAGAUGGGUGCCGGCGUGGGUAGAGAUAAGAGCAGGUUCAAUCAGGGCAACCUUAUCUCUGUGGGGAUCCUCCUUACAUCAUUGCUCUUCGUUAUACUACCAAGCGUGUGCGUUGGAUUCGUUGAAAUGAUCGGCCUCUCUAUUUUCAGAAAUGUCGGCCCUUUUUAUAUAGCUGGGCUCCUGUCUGCAGGAGCCUGCAACACCGUAAUUUUUGCUGUAUUUAAUCGGGACAUGCGAAGAUUGGCCAAAGACUGCCUCGCGGGAAAAGGAGUUCCUUCGCGCUUGCCAUCAACAAGGAUAGAAGUAGCUGCUUCUCGUUCUAUUGCGAAUAGAUAG